AUAACUUUAAGAUGCUGUAAUAAGAAUAAAAAGAUAAAUUUAGAGAGCUUCUUUAAAGAAAGAAUUAAGAUAAAUUAUACUCAAGAUAUAAGAGAAUUGAAUCUGAAGCAAAAAUAUGUGAUUUAUCAUUCUCUGGUUCUAAAUUAAUUACUGCACAAGAUAUCGAUGUUGUGAUUUAUCAUUUUGAUUAAGAAAAGCUAAUUUAAAAUGAAACUAUCUAAAAUCUUCAUAAAUACUUAAUUUACUCAGUGUGUUUUAGCAAAUCCGGGAAUUGGUUCUUUACAGCAGGAUAUGAAACUAUAAUAAAAUUAUGGGAAAAAAAAGAUAACAAUUGGAAGUGCUCUUAAAUCCUUAAUAGUCAUAAGGACUCAGUUCUAAUUCUAUUAAUGACAACUGAUGAAAAAUAAUUAUUCUCUAGAAGUAGAGAUAAAACUAUUAAAAUUUGGGGAAAAUAAGAUGAAAUAUGGUAAUGCCAACGAACUAUUCAAGCUUCUUCUGGAAUUGUAGAGUCAUUAUGUAUUAAUCCAUAAAAUAAUAUGUUGUCUUUUGGAUGCAAAAAUAAUUUAUUAAUUUGGCAUAAUACUAUUUAAAACAAAUGGAGAAAGUAUUAAGCAAUAGUUUCAGCCCAUACCUAAUUGAUAGAAUCAGUUUGUUUUAUAUCUGAUGGUUCACAGCUAGCUUCUGGAGCAAAUGACAUUAAGCUGUGGAAGAUUUUUACAGAUAAUCUAUAAUAUCGAUUGACUCAAGUGAUUGCUCCUUUAGGCAAUGUAUCUAUAAUGGAAUUUAACGACAAACUAUAGUUUCUGUUUGCAGUUACAAAUAAAAAGUUUAUUUAAAUUUGGAAGGUAGAAGAUUAUAGCAAUCUAAAUCUUUAACAAACAAUUUAAGUAUAAAAGUCAGAAAUUUUUUAUGAGGAAGAUCAAUUUUAUGAGUCAAUUGGUGUUUCUGAAAAUGGAAAUUAUGUCAUUUUAAAAGAUAAUUACAAUGAUUAUUUAGAUAUUUGGUAAUUAAAGUGA